GUGGAAUGUUUUAGUUACAGGAUGCACUUACUGAAACUUCUCUGCUCUAAUGUCAUUGUCUUAAUUCAGUACUGCAUUGCUCAAGCUCUUACCCUGAAUGUGGACAUCAAACAUUUAUGGCCAAAUGAGGAAGUUUAUUAUGAGUAUCAUCCAGCCAGGCUACACUGGCAUGCAGUCAAUCAGUUGUGUGUUCAACGCUCAGGAUCCCUGGCAGUCAUACCGAGUGCUGGAGAGAAACAAAACUUGACCGUUUUUCUCCAGUCCUUGAACGUUUCAGAGCCUGUGUGGAUUGCAAGAACAGCUUCAGAAGUAAACGGAACCUUAAUCCUGAAAUUCCUGGACAGAAGUGAACUUCAAUCCGCACGUUUGUUGCACAAGUUCUCAAACAUGGCUGCUGUGACUGUUUGCGCUCGUCUCCAUUUCAGUCCUGCUUGCCACGGGCCUUCCACUGUGUUUUCUUACUCCACACGCUCCUUCGUUAACGAGUUCCAGCUCCAAGCCAGAGUCAUGCCAAACCAACCCAUUCAGCUUGCCCUGCUGGUGCACGGUAACCAUGGCCCUUACCUAUCAGUCUUCCCCAACGAUGCCUCCUGGCACUCAAUGUGUGUGAGCUGGACUGGAAAUGGUGGCAAGUGGGCAAUCUCAGUGGAUGGUCAGGCAGUUCAACAUGGUAUUUCCCUCUACUCAUCAGGCUACAUUGGGGGCGGCGGCAUUUUCAUCAUAGGCCAAGAACAAGACGUGUUCAGCAGCUCCUUCAGAAGGGACCAGGCCUUCUGUGGCAGCAUUACCCAGCUGAACAUGUGGGAUCAGGUGUUGGAUGCCAAUGAAAUCCAAACCAUGGAUAAAGAAUGCUCACUCGUUCCUUCCGGCCUGCUUUUCAGAUGGGGAAGGUCUGGGUUGGAAAUGACCCCUUCUUUACAGACUCACUGGGGCUACACCCAGUGUCAAGAGCAUUCCCAGAUGCUAGAGAAUGAGAACUGUGUAGCGUUUCACCCUGGCAGUGGAAAGUGGGCCUGGGACAACUGUGAUACAAAAAGAGGAGGCGUCUGUCAAUUUCAUAAAGAGCCCUUGGAUGACUUUGGCAUAUCCAAUUUUCCCAAGACCCCAUUUUUUACACAAAUCAGCAAAGAUCUUCUUCAUGCGAACCCUGAGUUAGAAGACCAUAAUUCAUCUUCAUCCACAGAACAUCAACUGAAUUGGCUGAGUUCACUUGCUCAGUCUGUUGUGAAGGCUAUUGAGACCGAUCCAGAAAUCAUCACACCGUCGGACAUGCUGCACCUCACGCAAGCCAUUGAGCAGGGUGCAGCUUCUCAAGUUAAUAAAACAUCUGUCCCUUCUGGAAUCCUGAGGUCCAUGGCUUCUAGUUACCUGGUCCUAGCCAGUGGACUCCUUGAUCCCGUUUUGGCCAGGCAGUGGGUGGAUAUGAAGCCAUUAGGGAUUAACCUCAGACCAUUUAGUGUUGUCGAGAGUAUUGAAAAAAUACUUUGGGCUCUGGCUGAUUCAAUCUUCACAGACAUGAAAAGCUUUUCACUUUUAACAAAAAAUAUAGAUGUUUAUAUGGAGCCAAGAAUAUUAUCUCACAUGAACAACAGAAGUGUGUAUAAACCCUCAACCCAGCAGAAUCACUCCUGCAGCCAAGAGGAGCUCCUCAUUUCAGAGACAGAAUUCCAGAGACUUUACUCCCUUGGUCGCAAGAAUGUGAUAUUCAUUCACACUUACUAUAGCUCCAUGAUGGAGGUGCUGUCCAGAACAGAGUUUAAAGCAUUUACAGACAAGCACACCGAGAGUGGACAAUCCGUGUUUGGUCACUUAGCUACAGCAGUCAUAUCGGCCACAGUUCGAGAUGUGUUGAAGGAAGAGAAUGUUCCAGUGUCUGUGCAGUAUACUUUGUCUACUGUAAAAGUGGUGGAGUCUUCCAAGCUGCUCACACCUUUGUGUAUUUUCUGGAAUGUCAGUGAAAUAGCUCCCAAUGUGAGUGAUUGGUCAGACAAAGGCUGUCAAGUGUUACACUCCGGACCAAAUGGCACAUCCUGCUUUUGCAACCACACCACCAACUUUGCUAUCCUUAUGAAUUACAUGAAAGCUCGGUGGAGUGAAAAAGAGGAGAUGGUUCUGACCAAGUUGACGUUUAUAGGAUCAGGAGCAUCACUCUGUGCUCUCGUGGUGACCUUGAUGCUGUUUACCGUGCUAGAUAUUCCAAAAUCAGACAGGACAUCCAUCCAUAAGAAUCUCUUCAUCUCUCUGACCCUUGCCCAAAUCGUCCUCCUCUGCAGUGGCUCUGCUAUUCAUAAUAAGGUGGCCUGCACAAUGGUGGCAGCUCUUCUCCAUCUUUUCUUCAUGGCAGCAUUUAGCUGGAUGUUAGUGGAGGGGUUGCUGCUCUGGAGCAAAGUGGUGACCGUUAACCUGAGCGAGGAUGACCACAUGAAAUACUACUACCUGAUUGGCUGGGGUCUGCCGGUCCUGAUAGUCUCCAUUACACUGGCCUCGGCCUCGGGGGACUACUCAGCAGACGAGUACUGCUGGCUCAGUGUACACAACGGAGUCAUCUGGGGCUUCGUUGGACCAGUCAUCUUCAUCAUUACGGUAAACAUCAUGGUGCUGACACGUGUGGUUAUCAUCACCAUCUCCACAGCCAAGAGAAGAUCUCUCAUGAUGGCAGACAGCACUAGUCCCAUCGAACAGGUGUCUGAACAGAUCAGGGCGGCUGUAAAAGCAGUGCUGGUUUUGUUGCCAAUUUUAGGCCUGACUUGGUUGUGUGGAGUUCUUGUGCCUUUCUCCAUCAUCAUAGCCUACAUCUUCAUCCUCCUCAACUCACUGCAGGGUCUUUUUAUCUUCCUGAUAUAUGGCGUGUACAACACGGAGAUACGCAGCACGGUCAACAGGAUCAAGGAACGGAGGAAAGCCCAAAAUUUUUCUAACUGUGGCAGCUCCAGACCAUCCAGCUCCAUAACUAGCUCUCAGCCUGGCAGCUCUCCGGUGCCGGACUCUUUGGGUCAGCAUGACUUCGGUGCCAGUCAGCUGGGAAGCUUCUCCACGUCCAGUGAUUGUGGCAGUCCGAGCUACAACACUAGGAGAUAUUUCUCCAUCCCUUGUGUCCAUGACAGCCUGAAAGAAGAUCUCAGCUGUCACGCUAGUGGUACUCACAUGUCUAGACAGGAUAACAGAGUCCAAUCUGUAGAAGGAAAAGCAGAUUCAAACAAUCUUCAUGUUCCCAUGGGCACAGAACUGCACUCGUGCACUGCAUUAAACUCAUCUCCACAGCAAUGCGAUUUAACCCACUUAUAUCACUUAUAUCUCAAAUAA